CCACUAUCACGAGUACCAUGACCGGACGGGUGGGUAGAAAAGGUGAGGAAGGACGGCCGUCUUUCCGCAGCGUCGACGGUCUGGUUUGGCAUUCUGCAUAUCUCGAACUGGACCGUUUUAUAUCAGAAGUAUCCUCAAGAAAAGAAUGGGUAACAAUAUGCUGAGCGCCCUGUUUCUGCGGCUGCUCUUGGUUCUUUCGGCAUUGGUUGCGUUUGCUGCUGCACAAUCAUGGACGGAUUGUAAUCCAACCAACACCUCUGGCUGCCCUCCGGACAUGGGUCUUACCAACAGCCCAUAUAGCGUCGACUUCACAAAAGGAACAACGGACUGGGCUUCUUGGACGUCCGUAGGCGCCGGCUCAGUUACCUACACCUCCCAGGGCGCCGUCCUCACCCUUGCUAAGAAGGGAGACGCACCCACCAUCUCCACGAACUGGUAUAUCUUUUUCGGCCGCGUCGAGGUUCACAUGCGUGCAGCUCCGGGGACGGGUAUCGUCAGCAGCGUGGUGCUCGGGAGCGAUGACGGAGACGAGAUCGACUGGGAAUUGAUCGGCGGCAACAACGAUCAAGUGCAGACCAACUACUUUGGCAAGGGAAACGUGACGCUGUAUAACCGCGGCGGAAAGUCAGCAGUGCACGAUGUACAAGGAACGACACACAACUAUACGAUUGACUGGCAAAUUGAUCAGUUGACGUGGUACGUGGAUGGGAAGGCGGUUCGCACGCUCAAGAAGGAGGAUGCGGUCGGAGGGCUGAACUAUCCGCAGACGCCCACGAAGCUGAGAAUAGGCUCGUGGGCCGGAGGAGAUCCGGACAAUGCGCCGGGGACAAUUGCGUGGGCGGGGGGUGUGACGGACUACACCAAGGGGCCGUUCACUAUGUAUGUCGAGAAGGUGUCGGUGACGAAUGAGUAUCCGGCGGCGCGUUAUUCGUAUGGCGACAUGUCGGGAAGCUGGGAUAGUAUUGUCCUGAAGAAGUGGAAGGAUGAUAAUGAUGAUGGGAAUCAGAGCAAAGAGGAUAUCGUGGAUACCUGUAGUGCCGUCAAGGAAGAUGGGUCGGCUGGAGUUGCCUCUGCCACCAACUCGUCGUCGUCGAGCCAGAGCAGCGCUUCCCCCUACCUGUCGUCUGCCAUGGGAACAAGAGAUGGUCACGUCAGAUGUCUGUUGAGUGUCGGGUUAGCGCUCUUUCCUUUGGUUCUGUAUUUCGCCCUUUGAACUGUCAUACGUUCCGGGUCAGAUAAGAGAUAGGAUCAAACAUGGAAGGAACCCUUUUUGCCCGGGCUGGUGCCAGCAAGAUCCUGUCGCUCCUUCCAUUUUGACCCGCGUCAAGUAGUCUCUGGUUGGCACAGACCGUCAUCUGCC